CUCAGACCUUCGCACAUCGCACAAGCAAGGUGUCGUCCAUUGACGCUGCGCACGAUCUGUCACGAAGAUGGCACAGAUAUUCGGUAACCUCUUCGGAGGCGCAAAGCCAUCUUCUUCUCCGGUUCCGUCUGGUGAUUCUGACUUCGCGGAUUUCGCAGGAGCUCCAGAUCCAUCCCCAGCUUCUCUCUCGGCCAUUCCUGAUGCCCCAAGCUUUACUGGGCUUGGAGCUGCCUCUACUGGUGCAUCUGCUGUCCCUUACACCAAAUGGUACAACGUCCACGAACGCUACUCCCUGAGCGACUUCAAGCAAGAGGGUAUCAUCCUAGUUUUCGUCGUCGUGAUUAUCAUUAUACAUCUGUUUGGAACAAGCACAAAUCGCAAGAAGGCAAACAAAUGGAUCAAUGCCCAUGCGCCUGUUCUGCGAAAGCAAUUUGCCCUGGUCGGGUUCGGUGGCCGAGGACCUCUCGCAGAUGAGAUCAAGAGCCAAGACUUACCAAAGUCUCUGGCUAGUGAUAGUCUUGAAUUGCCUGAGGAAUUACUGAAGGAGAAGUCCCCUCACGAGUUCGCGACUUACGCGACCGGAAGACAGAAUAUCGCAUUUCUUGAUUUCAACCUUACUCUCUUCAAGCGCUACAGCCCUCUCACUGUAUUCAUUGAGUAUGGCCUGAGUUUGUUUUUCGAAAGUAUGCCGGCACCUGUUGAGAGAAUGGAAGCAAUUAUUUAUCCAUUCGAUGGCAAAGAGAGUCUUACCAUUCCAGGCCAAGCCCCUGGGGCACAUGAACUUCGCAAGGAUACUAAGAGCAGCUAUGAUGGGUUUGUGUGGGCUGUUGUCAACAAGGAUACCAUGAAUCAGCUUCGUGACGAUCGGUACGAUGUCUCUAUCACAACUACGAAGGACAGCCCGAAGCUUCCAAGUUGGGCUACUGUUAUGAGUGAGAGUGCUGAGGUCACCGACUUACUACUUUCUCCUGAGCUUAUUAAAGCCGUUGAAGAAGCUGGUGAGCUGUUGGAACACUUGAUUAUCACGGACCAGCCGGUUGAUCGCCCAAAAAAGCUCGACGAGACAAUUCCAAAGAAACGUAUAUAUCUCUCCAUGAAGCUUCCGCCUUCGGGAGAUUAUUCCAAUGUUCUACCGCUCUUCGAAUAUUUCGUCCGCCUGCCAGAUACCCUCGUGCAAUCGGCACAUUUCCGACCCGAAGUUAUGCGCAAAGUCCGAACAACUCGUGAAGAUGCGAUAAGGAGAUUGCAAAAGGCUGACGAAGAGGAAAAGGCCGAGGAGAGAGCAAUAGAGCGAGAGAAGGCUAAGAAGCUGAAGAGAGAUCUGGAGCUGAAGUCCCUGAGUGCUGCGGAGCAGAAAAAAUAUCUGGAGAGAGAAAAGAAGCAGGAAAUCAAGAAACACCAGAAGAAGUUGACGCAGAGAGCAUAGAAAAUGUAAUUAUUCUCGAGCCGGGUCGAGUUGAGGAGAGGUAAUGCAUCGAUGUGUGCAGCGCAGAGGACAAAACUCCACAGAAGACUCGUGAGUUGUACAAUACUUGUACUUAAUAUAGGGAAGCUUCCGACAACCAUCAUAAAAGAUCAAUUCAAUAUCUCCCGUAAGCACAGCC